AUGGCUGCCUGAUGGAGUGGAACAAUUUAGGCGCUCAGUCUGUUCUGAUUAUAAUUUGACCAUAAAAAAGGAUAACGUCAUGACAUCUGAUCUAAAAUGGUUUAUAUUCAUCGAGAGACGCAGCCUCAGACGAAAUCUAACAGCCUGAAGUGAAAAGAUAGCAUUUGAGGUUAAGGCCCAUUUCUUACCCUGCUGGUCAUGGCGAUGAGGGCCCGUUUGGAGGCGGUUCUGAAUGUGGGUCUGCGGAUCCCAAGCAUCUUGCUGCUGGAGGUGCUUUACCGCUGGGACGUCAGCUCCUUCUUCCAGAAGAUCCAGAGGAGCAGUCUCAACAAUAACCCCCUCUUCCAGUACAAAUACAUAGCGCUCUACCUGCAUUAUGUCGGUUAUAUCCUCAGUCUGGUGUUGUUGACUUUACCCCGGCAGCGCCUGGUGCAGCUCUACCUCUAUGUCCUCACUGCUCUUCUACUCUUCGCUGGACACCAGCUCUCCAGGGAUUAUGUACGUGGCGAGCUGGACUCAGCCUACGAGGGACCCCUUUACCUGGAGCCACUUUCCAUGAACCGCUUCACCAUGGCACUCAUUGGUCAGCUUGUGGUGUGUACGCUGUGUUCCUGUGUCAUGCAGACCAAACAGAUCUGGCUGUUCUCUGCUCACCUGCUCCCUCUGGUGGCCAGACUCUGCCUUGUGCGCCUGGAGACCAUUGUCUUCAUCAACCGCUUUGCCAUGAUCUUCACCGGUCUCGAGGUGCUGUACUUCUUGGCCACCAACCUGCUUGUGCCCUACAAUCUAGCCAAAACUGCCUAUAGAGAGCUGGUGCAGGUGGUGGAGGUGUAUGGUUUGCUGGCUCUGGGCAUGUCUCUGUGGAAUCAGCUGGUCCUGCCUGUGCUCUUCAUGUGCUUCUGGCUGGUACUGUUCGCACUGCAGCUCUACACCUACUUCAGCACACGGGACCAGCCGCCCUCCCGAGAGAGACUGCUCUUUCUCUUCCUCACCAGUAUUGCUGAGUGCUGUAGUACUCCCUACUCCCUGCUGGGACUGGUCUUCACUGUGUCUUUUGUGGCGCUGGGCGUCCUAACACUCUGCAAGUUCUACCUUCAGGGCCACAGAGCUUUCAUGAAUGACAACACCAUGCACAGGGGCAUGACAGAAGGAAUCACUCUUUUAAUAUUGUCUGUUCAAACUGGACUCAUUGAGCUGCAGGUCAUUCACAGAGCCUUCCUCCUCAGCAUCAUCCUCUUCAUCGUGGUGGCCUCCAUCCUGCAGUCCAUGCUGGAGAUCGCUGACCCAAUUGUUCUGGCACUGGGGGCCUCCAGAGACAAGAGCCUGUGGAAGCACUUUCGAGCAGUGAGUCUGUGUCUCUUCCUGCUGAUCUUCCCUGCUUACAUGGCUUACAUGAUCUGCCAGUUCUUCCACAUGGACUUCUGGCUGCUCAUCAUCAUCUCCUCCAGCAUCCUUACCUCACUGCAGGUUCUUGGCACGCUUCUGAUCUACGUGCUCUUCAUGGUGGAGGAGUUCCGCAAGGUACCUGUUGAGAACAUGGAUGAAGUCAUCUACUAUGUCAAUGGCACCUACCGGCUCCUAGAGUUUCUGGUUGCCGUCUGCGUGGUGGCAUAUGGUGUUUCAGAGACUCUGUUUGGGGAAUGGACAGUUAUGGGCUCCACCAUCAUCCUUGUUCACUCCUACUAUAAUGUGUGGCUGAGGGCCCAGCUGGGCUGGCAGAGCUUCCUGCUGCGUAGAGAUGCAGUCCACAAAAUCCAGAACAUGCCCACUGCUUCCACACUGCAGCUCCAGCAGCAUAAUGACAUCUGUUCUAUUUGCUAUCAGGAUAUGAAGUCUGCUGUCAUCACGCCCUGUAGCCACUUUUUCCAUGCCGCCUGCCUGAAGAAGUGGCUGUACGUUCAAGAGACCUGUCCUCUCUGUCACGGCCAGCUCAAAAGCCAAUUACAGCCAACCAGCCCUCCUGGUACCACUUUACCAGCCCUUCAAAACCCAGGAGAGGUGGGACACGCUGAACCACAGGCUGAGUUGGAGACCGAGGAAAACAAUCAAGCAAAAAGCACUCCUUCUAUGACAACCACAGCUGAGCCAGAAUUUGAAAAAGACCCUCCAUCGGGGAGUUUGCAAACCCUGCCCAAAGAAUGUGACACAGCAUCAAGAAAAGAGAGCAGCACAGGCCCAGCUGCUGAUGUUGAUACAGAGGGUUCAGGCUCCACAUCAGGUGUCCAUUCCUCUUCUGAAUCAAAGAGCAGCGCUAAAGUGGAUUUAGCCUGUUAGGUGUUGCCAUACAGAGGUUUUCUUAUAGGCAGUGUUGCGCACCUUUAAUAGAUGUUUAGGGAUAAGUUCUCCCAAAAAUGAAAAAUCUUUUUAAAUCAUUUGCUCAUCCUCACAGACUUUUUUUAUUCCAUGCAACAUAAAAUGAGAAGUUUAGCGGAAUGUCCAGUUUUAUUUUCCACACAAUGAAAAUAAAUGGGGACAAAGCUGCAAAAUUCAUAUAUAUUUUUUUUUUUUUUUUUUACAUAAAAUCACCUUAAAAGUAGUCUAUGCAGCUUGUCUUUUGAAGCCAUGUGAUUGCUUUUUGUGAGGAAAAGAUUCACUGAAAAUCUUCACCUCUGCUGUAGCUCUCAAAUCGCAUUCAUAUUUUGACAUAUUCAAAUUUGGCAUUUUUGACACGCCACAUUUGAAUAUAUGCGAAUGAUAUUGGAGAGCUGUGGCAGAGGGGAAGAUUUUCAGCAAAUAAACAUUUUAAUUUCUAUCUGUUCCUCAGAAAAGGCUAUCAAAUGUUCAGAAGAUUUGGAAUAUAGUGCAAAAGUUUGGUAUUGACUACUUUUAUUAUCUAUUUCUGAUGCUUUUGUCAUUUUUUGGAGAUGACUUUCAUUAUGUGCAAAAGAGCAUCUGGGAAAAUCUGAUAAAUUUCUCUAUGUAAUCCACUGAAAAGAGAAAAUAAAUCAUCAUAGUUGGGAACAAGAAUCAUAGUUGGGAACAAAAUGAGAGUGAAUAAAUGAUGACAAGAUUUUUGUAUUUUUGGGGGAACUAUCCCUUUAAGACGUUCACAUGUGUCUUUUGGGUGAUCGGUCAUGUUUAACCCCAAAUCAAUAAAAAAAAAAAGAGAUUAUUUUUUGCAUAAAAAAAAUGUGAAGCCUACAUUUAGGACCAUUAAUAUGUUUUGCAUUUUUACUAUUUUCAGAACACUUAAACACAUUUUAUCCCCCAAUUCUCGAAAUGCGUCUGGACAUUUUACUUCCACCUUUCCCAUUGAUUUGAAUGAUUCUCAGUUCUUUAACACAGUAAUUGUUUUACUUUAUUACUCUAAAAAUUGUGCUGCUGUACUAGAAUCUUUAAAAUUAAAAUCAGCAAAAAAAAAGGCUGUACCAAGAGAGUACUAUGUAAAUACUUCAAAAUUUAAAUGUGUGUGUAUAUAACUGUCAUUAAAUAAUGUAACUGCAAAAUUUUGUUAUAUAUAUAUAUACAAAAUUACAUUAUAUAUAUAUAAUGGUCCUAAAAGUAGGCUUUAUUUUUGUAUUUACAAAAUAUAAUUUCUUAUUUACUACUAUUGAUUUUAGAGUAAAAUAGAACCAGGACAUUUUCUUGACAGAUUUUAUGAGAUUCAUCCUUUUACUUAUUUUUGUACAAGUAUUCACAUUAUUGCUGGUCAAAAGACAUUUCUGAAUCUUUUUCAAGUUGCGUCCAACCAAAAUAUGGACUUCAUCUCCUUGGAAAUAAUAGGCAAUUCAUGCUUUAUACACUAUGCUAAUGUACAUUAUUUGUUCAGCUUAUUGGGAUUGAGAAGUGUGUGUACAGAAAAUGGUAAAUGCCCUGGAAGUGUAUCUACAUAUGAGCCAUCGUAGAAUCAAGACCCCUGCUAAGAGGUGAAACUGAGGAAUGUUUUUCAAGUGCCAUUAACCAGAUUAUCAUAUGUUUUAUUACAACGAGCUUCCCAAUAUUUCCCCAAUUUUAAAGGGACAUCCGACCCCAAACUGCUUUUUCAUUUCACCCUAUAUAUAUUUGUCACUGUUUCCCAUGUUAACCAUUAUUGCAGAUAACGCCAACUCGUCAGUUUGGCAGUUGGCUUGAUUCCUAGAAGCAGGCAUCGUUGAAUGCCUAUUGCAGACUGUAAACCUGUUUUCUGGUUUUAAUGAACAUUUAGCAUUUUCCUAGAAUGUAAUUGUCAUGUUUUUUUCUUACUGUAUAAUAUGUUAUGGAUGGCUUUUGACUUGGUCGUAUCAGAAGUGUUUAUAACACCAUUAACAAUGGGACUUGAUUUAGAUGUUAAAGGUUUAGUUUACCCAAAAAUGAAAAUUCUGUCAUUUACAAUGUUAGUCAAAAGGAUUUGGAAUGACAUGAGGGUGAGAAAAUAGAGUUUUCUGUUUUUGGGCAAACAAUCUCUUUAAAAGCAGACUCAAGUUUAGCCAUUAUUUAUAAGCUGUCAUUAACACUUUAUUUUGUUUGCCAGAGAAGUUACACCAAACUGUAUGUUUGCACUAAUGUCGUUUCAAGUGAUUAAUCAAUAAUAGUUUUCUUUGUCUUCAGCAUCAAAUGCUCUCGGAGCAGAUUAAGUAUUGAUCAGUAUAAAUGUGUGUACAUAAAUGGGAGAAUGUAUUCCUUUGUAAAUUCUUUUACAAUGUUUUUGAUAUGCCAUACAGUGUUAAAGCAGCAGUGAGCAUUAUGAAGUGUCUGGAGGACUGUGUGAACACUUCAACCUCUCAAUAGGCAGAUGUGGGAUUGAUCCUCCAAAUACUGAUUGUGAUUUGCUGCCACGUUGAUUCGUACUUACUGUGAUUCGUAGACACAUUUCUGAAGGGCAGGUUUGUGUGGAUGAAUACAUCUGAUGUAUGAGGAAACACACAAGUCAUUCAAAACACAUUUCUGUAUUCUGUUUUUGCACAAUUUUAAAAGAAAUUAAAGUGCAAAUGUAGCUUG